AUGAGUACAACAACAUCAACAAUAACAAUUGAAACAGAACAAUCACUUGCGCAGGUUCUCUCAAACGCUGAUUGUAGAUCUGUCACAGCUGCUUCAUUUUUGAGUAAUGGCUUUGAUACUCUUUCUAUAAUCAAAAUUGCCGUCAACGAUCCAGAAUACAAGCAUUAUCUACUUGAUAUUGGGCUCAACAUAGGAGAUAUCAUUAGACUCAGAAAUUACCUCAAACUUGAAGAUACCACUACAAAUGGUAGUAGUACUACAAAUAAGAUUUCAGAAAGUGAUAUAAGGAGUCGUUCAAAAGUAAUUUAA